AAAAAGGUAUACCAUAUGCGUUAGCGUGUGCCGCAGAAAUCAAUCAUGCUUUGGUUUCGGGUUUACACAAUUCUAUUCUUGUGGCAGCAGCUCAGCUCGCAGAAUCCAUCGCCAUCUCAUCAAAAGUUACCAUUUGAUUUUGGGGUUUGAUUCAUUCUAUUUCCUUUUUAGUUACUGCUACCCCCUUUUCCUUUUGAUGAUCAAAGCUUUGGAGGUGUUGGUAGCUUUGAAAUUCUUUCAUCAGAAGUCUCUUCUGAUUAAUUUUGGUUUGAAGAGCGAACCCUUCAUUCAUCAGUGAUGGACACAACAACAACGAGUAACUGGAGGGAUCAACUGCACCCUGAAACCCGCCAACUCCUCCUCAACAAUAUAAUGAACAAGUUAAAAAUCGGUCAUCCUCUUGGUGAUUAUGAUGAAGACCUUGAAUUUCAAAAAAUUGCUCAUAGUAUUGAGCAGAAAAGUUAUGGUGGUGCUACAAACCAGGCUGAUUAUUUUGACGAAAUAGCUUCUAAGCUUCUUUUGUUGGAGAAAGCAAGAGAAAGGGAAUGGAGAUCUCAGCUUCGCCCUGAUUCCCGGCAAAGAAUUGUCAACAAAAUAAUGGAAAAGAUAGGAAGACAUCUUCCUGUUAGUCGUCCAGAGGGAUCACAAGAACUUUGGAAGAUUGCCCGAAGGUUGGAGGAGAAGAUUUUUGCAGCUGCAUCCAGCCAGACUGAUUACCUUAGAAAAAUAUCUUUAAAGAUGCUUACAAUGGAGACCAUAUACCAGGGACGCCAUGAACAUGCCAAUCCAGAACCGGAGCAGGAGCCCAAGAAUGCCGGCAUGGACUGAUGACUAUCACAUGGGCUAGCAUUUGAAGCAACUGGUUUGGGAUGCAGCAGUUUCUCGCAUUCACGAACAACUCCAAUGCGAUUGACAGUUCGUAAUGGAGCAUGUGCUUGUUUGAAUUUUCAAACUUUGAUGUACAUGUAUCAAUACUCGUUUUUUUUAUUUUUUGCUCUCUUUUAGUCUUUACAAUUACAUACACAAAAAAUUUGUACACAAAUUUUUUUUGUAAAAAAAUUAUGUUUUUUUUGCUAA